AAACAAUAAGUCUUGAUAACGUACGAUAUGAUACACGCGUGUCGGAGUCACAAUGCUCGGUCGUGUGAUAAUAUUGCUUGCAGCACAGCACCUGGCGAUUGGGGAUCUCAUUUCCUUCGAUGCAAACACUUAUUCUCUAUACCCUGAAAGUCAUAUACCCGGUAACAUAAAUGGCGGGAAACUCAGUGGAUCUCAAAGCUUGGAGCGCGUGUCAGCUGUUAGGAAUGUUAUGGCAGAGAGAGGAAUCGACGCUUUUAUAGUACCUACGUCUGACGCGCAUAACUCUCAAUAUAUAGCGCCUACGGAUGCUAGACGGGAGUGGCUCUCAGGUCUGUCGGGGUCUGCCGGUACAGCCCUCGUAACAGCCGACCACGCCUUACUGUGGACUGAGGGCAGAUACUUCACGCAAUUCGAUAUGCAAGUUGAUCCUCGUAUUUGGACUCUAAUGAGGAUUGGUACUGAUGUAACGAUCGAGAGUUGGCUAGCGUCUAACAUGAGAGGUUCAAGAGUUGGUAUUGAUCCAACGACCUACACACGCAGUUCUUGGACAACUUUGGAGAAUGCAGUGCGUAACGCAAACAUAAGUAUUGUACCAAUUUACGAUAACACGGUGGACGAGGCUAGAAGAAGGGUUUCGGACCCCCCUCCCGCCAGGCCUAACGAGCCGUUGUUGGCGCUCACAGUAAAUUUCACGGGGAGAGCGUCGAGUGAGAAAAUAUCGAGUCUAGUGGCUCAGACCCGUGCGAAAGGCGCCUCGGCGUUAGUGCUUACCGCGCUGGAUGACAUUGCGUACGUCUUAAACAUCCGCGGCUCGGACAUCCCCUACAAUCCCGUUUUCUUCUCCUAUCUGGUCGUCCAAGUUAAUUCGGCAAAUUCGAAUGUCACCCUUUUUUGGGGGGACGGGAAGCUAUCGGGAGAUAUAUGGCAACAUUUGCAGUCAGAGGGCGCGGAACUCGACUGUCGACCGUACGAAGAGAUAUUUGAUUACUUGGCCAGCAUGGUGAGGCUCCUCCCGCCCGGCAGCACCGUCUGGCUACCGACUGGUGGCAGCCAAGCGAUAUAUCUAGCCCUUGAAGUGAACAGUGCGGUGACAACAGUCUCAACAACAUCCCCUGUUGUUAUGAUGAAGUAUUUGAAAAAUGAUGUGGAGCUCGGGGGUUUUAGAUCCGCCCAUGUGAAGGACGGAGUGGCUGUUGUGAGGUUUCUGCGCUGGGUACACGAACAGGUGGAUUCUGGAGCUGAUGUGACAGAGAUAAACGUAGUUGACAAACUGGACGAGCUUAGGAGCGAGGAGGAGUAUUACAUGGGACCCUCGUUUGCGACUAUCGCCGGCGCCGGUGCCAACGGGGCUGUGAUACAUUACAAGCCGUCGCGUGACGCUGAACAAACCGUUAUCGGCAGGAACGACAUGUUGUUGGUGGAUUCCGGAGGGCAAUACAUGGAUGGCACGACAGAUAUCACACGCACGCGACACAUGGGAACUCCAACGGAUAUACAAAAACAGACAUUCACCAGGGUUUUGAAGGGUCAGAUAAUGUUGGCCACAGCCGUCUUCCCUAGAGGCACUCUAGGUAGGGAUUUGGAGACAUUUGCUAGACGGUAUCUGUGGGACGUCGGUUUGAACUACGCCCAUGGCACGGGACACGGCGUCGGACACUUCCUGAACGUGCACGAGGGACCCGUCGGCAUUAUGAACAUGGCCAGCGAUCCGGGGCUAGAACCCGGGAUCAUUAUGAGUAACGAACCGGGUUAUUACGAGGUGGGUGAAUAUGGAAUAAGACACGAGGACAUCGUUGAGGUCAUAAAUUUAACUAAGGACUCCGACCAUAUACACGCGAAGAACAUUAUCGGCAAUUUCGCCGGUCGCAGUCCGACAGCGUUUUAUACGAUAUCCCUCGCUCCACACCAGACCAGCUGCUUGGACGUCGACAUCAUGAGCGAUGACGAGAUAAGAUACUUAAACGAAUAUCACGCGCGGGUGCUAUCUACCCUGGGACCGAUAUUACGAGGACGUGAUUUAGACAAAGACUACGAAUGGCUGGAGAGAGAAUGCGCUCCGAUACAAAGAAGCUCGGCUGUUCUGGUCAAAUCAUCACCAUUCCUCCUCAUCAUCAUCAGCCGUCUAUGGUACAUACCAUAGAUAUGUGAUAUAGAAUAAAAAAUAAUAAAAAUAAUAC